CCGUGAUUGUUAUGACACCGGCCAUACUUGGAUGUUCAAACACCGGUAAAACAAGAGCAACGACUAAUCUUAUGGUGACGUUUUUAUGAUAUGAAUUAUUAUUUAGAAAUUCAAGCCUUGUUUGUAAACUUUUGGUGUAUAGGCCUAUAGGUAUAUAAUUACGCACGUCGAUGAUCUACUCAAAACAAAAGCGCAAGUAUUUAAAUAGGCUCUGGGAGUUUCGUAUACUGGAUUGCAAACUGUGACCCAAUUUGAGAGGUGAAAGUUAAGGGACGUAAAGGAAAAAUAACAAGGCCACAACAAGACAAGUGUGACAUAUACGCACUUCACCUAAAAGUGGGCAUGGACUGAAUCAAGACUCAUAGGGUGCAACUGACGUCAUCUCAUCUGAGUGUAUGAAGACACUAGGAUGUGGACAUGUGCUCAUACAUCGCCAGUCGGUGCCAUAGUACUACGUGUAACUUUAAAGUUAGGCAGUGAGUGGUCAAAUGCCAACCAGUCUCUGUUCUGGGAACAGGAUGUCGAAGUGCGAGCUGAUUGAGCUGAAGGACCUUAGCCUAAAUGACCGUAUUGAGCUUGCAGCUCCUUCCACCCGGCCUCCAGCAGCACCUCUAACCCCACGGCAAGUAAGAGCUCCAGAGAGGCCCAGACCAUCCCAGGCCGUCCGGCUGGUGGGAGACAGUGUCAGAGUUGAAGGUGCAACAUGGUCUAUAGGGGAGUCUGGGAAGGGACAUGAUUUCCAGCCUUGCAGCCACACCCAACUCACCUGGUGUGACUUAUGUGGAGACUUUAUCUGGGGUCUUUACAAACAGAGUUUACGCUGUGACAACUGCAGAUAUACCUGUCACUAUCGCUGUCUGCCACUAAUCCAGUUAGACUGCAGCACAGAGAGUUGGAUCUUGACUGACCAAACAGACGUUUCUGAAGACACAAUAGAGACUGAUACUAAUGUGGAUGAACAAAUUGACUGGGGGAAACAAGAGUUGACUGUCAGUGCUAUUCAGCAAAAAGUGAAGGAAUACAAUGCUCAGAUCAACAGCAAUCUCAACAUGGUGCUUGACAGAGACGGAACAUACACCGGCUUCAUUAAGGUGCAGUUUAAACUGGCCCGGCCUGUGUCCAUCCCACCUCCUCAGAAACCCAGCGUAACACAUGAGGGAGGACCACAGGAGGACGACACGAAGCGGAGGACUUCUUUUUACCUCCCUAGAGAUACGGCCAAGCAUCUGCACAUAAGCUCCCAUACACGAGCACGAGAGGUCAUAGAAGCAUUGCUUAAAAAGUUCACUGUGGUAGAUAACCCAGCCAAGUUUGCACUGUUUGAGCGCAGUGAGCGGCAGAAUCAGGUAUACCUGCGUAAGCUACCUGAUGAAGAGUGUCCACUACAUCUGCGUCUCUGUGCUGGACCCAGUGAGAAAGUCCUCAGUCUGGUGCUGAAAGAAAACGAGACCGGAGAGGUCAAUUGGGAUGCAUUCAGCCUUCCAGAACUGUGCAAUUUCCUUCGGAUCCUUCAGCGUGAGGAAGAGGAGCAUGUACGACAGAUUAUAAAGCGCUAUGCGGUUGCCAGGGAUAAAAUGAAGACAGCCAUGGCCAGUCUCACUACCCCUGGUUAACUUGUGUGGCACAGUGAAAACGUAGAAGGAUGAACUUUUGACUAGAGGCAUGUCCUGUGCCCUCAUAAUGCUCUUCUGAAUUCUGAUAAAUGUUAACAACUGUCACUUCGGCAGACGUAGCAUAACCCCUUGAAACAGGGACAUGGACAUGUUGAAAGUGGAGUACACGGGGUAAAUGUAUUUAAACAGCGUUAUGUGAAUGGCCAUUGCAAUAAACAACGGCCAUUCUAGAGAAGAGAGAAGAAGAGAGUCAUAGACACUGCGGAACUGGAAACAGAUUUUUCACUGGGAAUAUUUGCUGCUGGAUAGGUUUUGGGGAGAAGAUUUGGCGAUCUAUCUAAAAAUUCGACUGUGUCAAUUUACUAUGAUUAUGUUAUUAAUAAAGGGAUAUGGUAACUA